UAUUAUAUAUAUCUAUAGGACAGAAAAUUAGGUGUGACUGAGUGGUUAAGUGUGCUUUGUAACCAUCAGAUCCCGGAAUCAAUCCGCAUGUAUGACAACGUGGGUAAAUUCUUUCGCCAUAGUCGCGGAUCAUAUAAUCGCUUGUGACUGAAUUUGGGUUGGCGGGAACGGAGUUAAAAAUGUGUACUACAUUAUAAAUAACUGAAAGCUUUACUGCAGUAUACGAUAUUAAUUCAGCCUUAUCACACUGCGCCACGUUGAUUCUAAUUGAUAAGUAGGAUUCUACUUGAUAAGAGUAGAGGUUAGUUCAGUUAGUUGAUGAACAACUUGGGUGCAGAUACGUUGAAAUCACCGGGAAAGUUCAACAAAGAACCAAAUAUGACUGAGAGUGAAAAGAAAACUACCUCUGAUGGCGAAUUUGAUGAACAUGGUUACUGGAUCAAUCGGUGGACCACUAAAAAUAUUCCUUUCCACCAGGAAGAAAUGCACGUAUCACUUGAGAAACACUUGGACAAAUUUAUUGAUGGAAGAAAUGGAAUAAAAAUUUUCUUUCCCUUUUGUGGGAAAUGUGUAGAUAUGAAAAAAUUAGCAGAUAAAGGGCACAAUAUUGUUGGAGUUGACGUUGCUGAACAAGCUUUUCAGGAAUUCUUUACAGACCAGAAUUUGGAAUAUACUGUUGAAGAAUUAAAGGACAACACAGGAAAACUCUUUGCAAGCAAAGAUGGGAAAAUCAAACUUUAUUGCAUGAAUAUGUUUAAAUUUUCAAAAGAUUUUGAAGGACAGUUUAAUGCUAUUUGGGAUCGAGGAGCUCUUGAGGCUAUCAGCCCCAAAACCAGAAUAAGGUAUUCCCAGGUGAUAAAAGAGUUACUUUCCCCUGACUGUCACUAUAUGAUUGCCGCAAUGCAGUAUGACCCUUCAAUAUUUCAAGGUCCACCCCACAAUGUUACUGAAGAGGAUAUCCAAAAUUUAUAUGGUGAUAUGUGCAGCAUUGAAGAAAUUGAUAAAAAUGACAAUAGUCCACGGUUCAAAGAAAGGGGAUUGGAAGAGAUAUUUGAAGUGAUCUACUUUUUGAAAAUUAAAUGAAAGAAAGCUGGGGUUUUUUUUAAAGAUCCCUCCAACACUGAUAUGGACUUUUACCCUUUUAUAUAUUCACAUUGACUCAAUCAGAUAUACUUUUACUUCUCUGGAACUGGAUUUGUACCAA